UGCGUUCCAGCCCCUCUGUGGGAGGAGAGAAGGGCAGGACCACAAGCCUGCCAGAGGCUGCGUUGCAGCCUGCAGUCAGGCGGAAAGGCCAACCUAACCCAGGACAGAGGGGAGCCAGGUGAGCCAGGCUGCGGGGCGGGGACGGACCGGGAGACCCCAGAGGACGCGGCGCCCUCGCGAUGACCUUGUCCGCAGCUCCGGGGGCCCCUGGGCAAGUCUUCCUUUUCUGGGCACCUCCUGCAAACCAGGCCCUGCACUAAGUGUCAGGGUUACAGCGUGACGGUGACAAAGAUCACGGCCCUCUUGCAGUUUCCGUGUUAGCAGCGGGAAGACGGAAGCAAACAAAAACAUACGAAAUGAGUAAAUGACCUCGAAUGUCAGAAGUGGGUAACUGAAACGAGAAAAGGGAGAGCGGAGUGAGGAGGACAGGGAACGCUGGGGAGGGCGCGUGGGGUUUUAUAGAGGGUGGCCUCUUUCAGGUUAAAUGAGGCUCAAUGCAAAGAGCCAUAGUGAUUUGAAGAAACGGGGUUCUGGGCAGGGGGAGCAGCCCCAGCAAAAGCUGGCAGUGGCAGGGAGGCCUGGGCAUUCAGAACAGCAAGGAGGUGGGGGCAGCAGCGCAAGGAGAGGUAAGGCGGGUGGAGAAGAGCCGCACUGGACUCCGGGGGCAGAGGAUGGGGGCCCCUUGCCAGCACCCCCGCAGCCUGCUAGGGGUAUUGGUUUGAAAGCCUGCAUAUGAAUCUCACUUGCUACAUGUGGCUGCAUGAUCUUAUAAAGUCUCCUCCCUUUCCAAGGCCCACGUCCUCUCCAUCAAACGGUAAUAACAGUAGCGCACCUGUCAGGCUGAGGUGAGGAAGGAAGGGGAUGAAAAGCAUGGCUUUUCCUGCGGGAAAGACGCACAGACGCCUGCUGAGAGUUAGGAAAUGCAGAGCUGGCCUCCUGGGCCUUGUAGGAGGAACAGGUCAGGAAAUAAGAACUUGUUCCUGACACUAAGAACACCCAGGGGGCCAUGGAGCUGGACCUGGACCUUGCUGAGAGGGAGCAGCAGAAGCAAAGGGUAGGAAGAGAGAGGAGAGGCCCGCGAUGAGGGCGGUAAGUUGUCACAGGAGAGAGGCAGCGGAGUGGGAGGCUGGUAGACACAGCAAGGACUCCAUUCCACAAGCAGCGGCCAGGAGGAGCAGACUCCAAGCGGGAGACGAAAACAAUGUGAUUUGCAAGACUUCACCUGGCAGCUGGGAGAACAGACAACAGGGCCACUGAGGCCAAGUAAGAGAUGACAGUGGCCUGGGUGCUAGCCAAGGAGACAGCAAGAGCAGAUAGACCCAAGAGACUUGUGAAGUAGGAUGGACCGCUCCUGGCGGUUGCCUCACUGUGGAGGAAUGGGGGCUUCUCAGAGGCCAAGCAUUUGUUGUGAAGGAGGCUGGGCCUGCCCUGGCUAUGAAAGACACAGGGGUUUUAGGGGAACAUUCACAAGCAGGGAGCAGGCUUCCACCCUCAGUUCCACAAAACACCUGCAGGGCUCACAGAAAUGGGGCUGAAUUAUCCUAGAACUUAUGAGCAGCUGAAUGAUACCGAGGCGCUCCCAGUCAUUCUCCACAGUGGAGCUGCAGUGUGGACAAGGCAUGUGCUUUGUGGUGAGACCCCAUCCAACUCCUGGCCAUCUCCAGCUGCGUGGCUAGGGGCCACUCAACCUCUCCAGGAUUGUUUUCUUCAGGUGUAACCUUCACAGACUUAUUGUGAAGACUGCCCAAGGCAAUGCAGGUAACACAAAUUGCAGUGGAUAGAGCCCAAUCUUUGGGGUCAGGCCCUGUCCAAUCUUGGCUAACAAGUAUUGAACAAACAGAUACCAGGCAAUGACUGCAUACCAUGCCUACUAUGCACACAGUGCCUGGUCCACAGCCAGCGUCCACAGGGCGAGUGUGGAAGUGGAGUGGCAUUCAAGUACUUAGGGAUGUCUUUCUUCUGCCCACCAGCCCUGGCUGACACCCAGCCCUAGGCAGUUCCUCUCACACACAGGUUGUUUGCACUGCCCAAGCUCAGAGCAGACCCUCAGAGCAGCCGGGUCGGAAGUGUGUCUCCUCAGUCACCAGACAGAUCCAGGAUAGGAUGGGCAGCCCAGUGCACCGAGUAUCAUUGGGGGAUACCUGGAGCAGACAAAUGCACCCCGACAUAGAGAGCGAGAGACAUGUGCAGUCCUUUGACGUGGAACAGCUCACCAACAUCCUUGAUGGAGGCGCCCAGAACACUGCGCUCCGGAGGAAAGUUGAAAGCAUCAUCCACAGUUAUCCAGAGUUUAGCCAUGAGGACAAUUAUUUCAUGACCCAGAAUGAGCGUUACAAGGCUGCCAUGCGGAGGGCAUUCCACAUCCAACUGAUAGCACAACGCCUGGGUUGGUUGGCAGAUGGUCGUGAAUUAGGCUAUGCUUACAGAGCCCUUUCUGGAGACGUGGCCUUAAGUAUACACGGAGUCUUCCUGAAAGCCCUCAGGAGUCUGGGCACAGAGGAGCAGAUUGCCAAAUGGGACCCACUCUGCAAAAACAACCAGAUCAUCGCAACAUAUGCUCAGACAGAGUUGGGACAUGGGACAUUCCUUCAGGGCCUGGAGACUGAAGCCACCUAUGACGCAGCCACCCAGGAGUUUGUGAUACACAGCCCCACGCUGACUGCCACCAAAUGGUGGCCUGGAGACUUGGGACGGUCAGCCACCCACGCCCUGGUCCAGGCCCAGCUGAUCUGCUCAGGAGCCCGGCGGGGCAUGCACGCUUUUAUUGUGCCCAUCCGGAGUCUUCAGGACCACACCCCGCUGCCAGGAAUCACCGUUGGUGACAUCGGGCCCAAGAUGGACUUUGAUCAGAUGGACAAUGGCUUUCUGCAGCUGAACCAUGUGCGGGUCCCCAGGGAGAACAUGCUGAGUCGCUUUGCACAGGUCUUGCCAGAUGGCACCUACGUCAAACUCGGAACAGCACAGAGCAACUACCUUCCCAUGGUGGUGGUGCGGGUGGAGCUGCUGCUGGGGGAGAUCCUCCCUCUACUGCAGAAGGCCUGUGUCAUCGCCAUGCGCUACUCAGUUAUCCGCCGCCAAUCCCAGCUCCAGCCCAGUGACCAAGAGGCGAAGGUCCUGGACUACCAGACGCAGCAACAGAAACUCUUUCCUCAGCUGGCCAUCAGUUAUGCCUUCCAUUUCCUGGCGGUCAGCCUCUUGGAGUUCUUCCAGCGCUCCUAUAGUGCCAUUCUAAACAGAGACUUCAGCAUCCUGCCUGAGCUCCACGCACUGAGCACGGGUAUGAAGGCCAUGAUGUCAGACUUCUGCACUCAGGGGGCUGAGAUGUGCCGCAGGGCCUGUGGCGGACACGGCUACUCCAAGCUGAGUGGCCUGCCAUCACUGGUCACCAAAGUGUCCGCCUCUUGCACCUAUGAGGGUGAGAACACAGUGCUCUACCUGCAGGUGGCCAGGUUUCUGGUGAAGAACUACCUGCAGACUCAGAUGUCCCCUGGCUCCGCACCACAGAGAUCUCUCCCUCCAUCUGUCGCCUAUCUCGCCGCACCUGUCCUGGCCAGGUGUCCAGCCCAGAGGGCAGCUGACUUCCUCUGCCCAGAGCUCUACACCACGGCCUGGGCACACGUGGCAGCAAGGCUGAUAAAGGACUCAGUGCACCAUUUACAGACCCUGACGCAAUCCGGAGCUGACCAGCACGAGGCCUGGAACCAGACCACUGUCAUACACCUCCAGGCUGCUAAGGCACACUGCUACUAUGUCACUGUGAAGGGUUUUGCAGAAGCUCUGGAGAAACUAGAAAAUGAACCAGCGAUUCAGCAGGUGCUCAAGCGUCUCUGUGACCUCCAUGCCAUACACGGAAUCUUGACUAACUCGGGUGACUUUCUCCAUGAUUCCUUCCUGUCCGGUGCCCAAGUGGACAUGGCAAGAACAGCCUACCUGGACCUGCUCUGCCUGAUCCGGAAGGAUGCCAUCCUGUUAACUGAUGCUUUCGACUUCACCGAUCAGUGUUUAAAUUCAGCACUUGGCUGUUAUGACGGAAAUGUCUAUGAACGCCUGUUCCAGUGGGCUCAGAAGUCACCAACGAAUACUCAGGAGAACCCUGCCUAUGAGGAAUAUAUAAGACCACUAUUACAAAGUUGGAGAUCCAAGCUAUGAAAUAACCAACAGUAUUCAGGAAGCAACCAGCACCAUUAUGUAAUGAUGGUACUAUGGCAUAUAUGCAAAAUUAAAAUUUAAAAUUAGA